AUGCCGCGAACCGAGGACGACGAGGCGCCGUCGGUGCCGGCGCUGCCGGACUUGCGCACGGAGCAGUUUUUCUUGAGUCUUGCGCGAAAGGAUGUGCACAUUCCUGAGGUGGCCGUGGAGGAGAUGCAUAAGCACACGCAUACGAAUAAUGCGACCCCAUGGGAUAAGGCCACGGGUGUUUCCACCCUCCCAAUGGUAUACUCGGUUUUGAUGGAUCAAUUUUUUUCACCGCUAUGGCAAGACCGCUCCGAUGCAUAG